AUGGCCCCUAAAGAGGACAUGCUACCUCCUGGGUGGGAGGAUCUAGACAGGCAGAUGGGCCAACUAUUUAUGAUGGGCUUUGAUGGAACCUCUGUUAGUCCUCAAAUUCGCUCCCUUAUUGAGAACUACCAUCUGGGUUCCAUACUGCUCACUGCCAAAAACUUAAAAUCUGCAGAAGAUGCCACGCGGCUAGUUCUCGAAUUACAAACAAUCGCCCGGGAUGCUGGGCAUCCAGUACCGCUGCUCAUUGCCCUAGACCAAGAGAACGGAGGCGUAAACAGCCUGUAUGAUGAAAUCUACAUCCGGCAGUUUCCCAGCGCCAUGGGAAUUGCUGCAACAGGUUCGAAGGCUCUAGCUCGCGAUGUAGCCGUGGCUACUGCCCAAGAGCUCAAGGCAGUAGGAGUCAACUGGAUUCUUGGCCCUGUCUUGGACGUCUUGACCAAUGUUCGCAGCCAACCUCUGGGGGUUCGUACCUCGGGUGAUGAUCCCCAAGAGGUAUCUCAGUAUGGUGUCGAGUUCAUGAAGGGCUUCAAAGAAGCCGGCUUGGUGACAUGUGGGAAGCAUUUCCCGUCGUAUGGCAACCUAGAGUUCCUGGGUUCGCAGACGGACGUUCCUAUUAUUACAGAGUCGUUGGAGCAACUUAGCUUGACUGCCCUAGUUCCCUUUCGGAAUGCUAUUACCCAUGGGUUAGAUUCCAUGAUGGUAGGCGGUGUUUCCAUGUCAUCCGCUGGAGUCAACGUGAUGCACGCCUGUCUAAGUGAGCAAGUGGUCGAUGACUUGCUUCGGAAAGACCUGAAAUUCAAUGGUUUAGUCGUUUCAGAGUGUCUACAGAUGGAAGCUCUUACCCAUAACAUUGGUGUAGGUGGCGGUACUGUGAUGGCAAAGAAUGCCGGCUGCGAUAUUAUUCUCGUAUGCAGAUCACUCCCGGUGCAGCAAGAGGCCAUUAAUGGGUUGAAACUCGGAGUGGAAAAUGGUAUUAUCGGUCGACUGCGAAUAGAGCAGUCACUACGCAGGGUUCUUAACUUGAAGGCAAAAUGCACCUCCUGGGAUCAGGCCCUCAACCCUCCCGGACUCCCCUCCCUCACACAGAUGCAACCCUCACAUACUAGCCUCUCAAAGAAGGCAUAUAACAGCUCUAUUUCAGUGGUCCGUGACAAACAAAAUCUACUGCCUCUGUCUAACAUUCUAGAACCGAACGAGGAGCUACUGUUAUUGACUCCCCUGGUCAAACCAUUACCGGCCUCUGCUGUGUCCCGUUCGAUACCCGAACACUUGAAUUUGUCUCUCGACGCGGUAGCAGGGGAUCGGACCGCCUCUGUUCUAAGUGGCGAAAGCGUCUUCAAAGAAUUAGGGAGGUCUCUCUCCCGACAAAGGAAUGGCCGUGUAUUGCAUACUUCUUACACGGCUAACGGUGUUCGUCCGAUUCACGAAGACUUAAUAGACCGGGCCAGCGCGGUCAUAGUUGUCACUGCGGAUGCAAAUAGGAACCUAUACCAACACGGCUUUACCAAGCAUGUGGCUAUGAUCUGCCGGUCGCAGUUCACACCUUCUGGCGAAGCUCGUGAGAAGCCGAUGGUAGUCGUUGCGGCCAGCUCUCCGUACGACUUCGCAAUGGAUCCUUCCAUUGGGACUUAUGUGUGCACUUACGAUUUUACAGAGACAGCGCUGGAGGCACUUGUCAAGGUUCUAUAUGGCGAAUUAGCUCCAAUGGGAUCUCUACCAGGGUCAAUUAGCCGGAGUCAAAAACUCCAUCAAGCGCGGCAGCACUGGCUCGUAGAAAAUUGGAAUGAAGAACGAGACUCGCACGCUUUGGAUUCUUUACUAGAUGCUGUCAGAGAUGACUGUAUUCAAGGACAGCGAUCGGAAUUACUAGGCGUGACAUCUAGCAGCUUUGUACUGCGAAGAGAGGAUAUUGACGAGGGCCACUUUGUGGUGAGGAACAGCAGCACGCAAGCCCUAUACGGAUUCUGUUCAACAUAUUUCUUCAGGUCCACGGGCACCGGCGUGAUUGGAUCGUUGAUUGUUGAUCCUGCUAGACGAAAGCUUUCAAUUGGGAACUCGCUCCACAAUCGCGCCAUCCGAACUCUUCUCCAUCGAAAAGGAAUGAAAAGGUUUCAGCUCGGUUCUCGCCUUCCUGGAAUCUAUCUGGGUAUUCCAUCUGCCAAUCCAGUGGAACGAAAGAGACUACGGCAGUGGUUUGCCAACUUGGGCUGGAACACGGCUCUCUCGCGACCCGUGUGUAAUGUAGUUUUGCGAAACUUGUCAACCUGGGCUCCUCCCGAUGGACUGCUUCAAAGUUUGCAAAAUGCAGAUGUGGCCUAUGACCUUGUUUACGGAUGGGACUACGCAGAUACGAUCCUUGAUCACAUCAAAACCAACUCCAGACAAGGUGUGAUAGAUAUUUACAAACUAGCUCUAGGGGGAGCGCCGAAUUCUGGGAUCAUCAGGGCUACACGGCCUGAGGAUGGGGCGAUCCUGGGUAGCGUUGUCAUUUACAACGGAAGAGCGACAUUAGCAGAGCACAUGCCUGCUCUUAAGUCUAUACAUACUUCGGCAGGGGGGAUUUCAUCCCCAGUGAUCUCGCCCUCGGUGGGCGAAUAUGCCACAGUAUUGCAGGGACUGGUCUUAUUGGGAGUCAAACAAAUCCGUAAACAGGGGGCUGAAGCUGUUAUCAUCGAUUAUGUUGACGGCGAUAGUAAUUUUGAUUGCCUGGCAGGCAUGGGAUUCAAUACUUUGCACAGCUUUGAGGAGGUUAAUUGCGAUGCAGCGUCAUGGACCAUGAUGACUGCAUCUUAG